CAGCUACAAGCCAGAGAAACCCAACACAGAACCCAACUAGGUCGCAGCACGCGCGCAUGCCCUCAUUAUGCUCUCUCACGGUCUCUUCAAGAAGAAGCUCUAAACUCCCUCCUCUCUUCAUCCUUCGUUCAUCUUAUCACAUCUUGCUAGUCAAGAGAGGUCAAUACCAUAAAGCGAGAGCAGCAUCUGAGUUGGAUAAUUAUCAUUUACGAGUGGUCUCUCUUAGCGAUGGACUAUCACCUUCCUGACGUCGCCAAGAGCCGUUUCCCAAUGAACGCCGCGUCGAUUUUAUCGGGCAGUCUGGCCCAUCCCGUCCACAGCCCUUCGUCGCCACCCUCGUCGUCGACGGCUUCGUCCCCGCCGGUGACUCCAACUUCUUCAGCCUCUUCGGUCAAGCUACCCUUCUCCUCCUCGCCGAUUUCCCCGGCCAUGGCGGCUUAUUACAACCCAUACACCGGAUGUCCUAUGACCAGUAUGACAUCUCCAUCUUUUACCAUCGACAACAUUUUAGCGCCCCGUCCCUAUCCGGCUCUGCCCCCGCGACAUGCUCCUUAUCUACCGCUGGCCCCUCAUCCGCACUUCCCUCUGCUUCAUCCUGAGUAUCACUUAGCUGCUUACCAUGCAUACACUGCCUACCCCCAUAUGGACCUACUGGCACGUAAUCAGAAGAGAAAACGAAGGCAUAGAACUAUCUUCACCGAAGAACAACUAGAACAACUAGAGGCUACCUUCGAGAAAACUCACUAUCCCGAUGUCAUGUUGAGGGAAGAACUGGCUAUCAAGGUCGAUCUUAAAGAGGAACGAGUCGAGGUUUGGUUUAAGAAUCGUCGAGCUAAGUGGAGGAAACAGAAGAGAGAACAACAGGAGGCUGCAAAGAGGGCAUGUGAGGCUUAUAAAACCGAGUACGGGUCCAAAUCAGAGAAAACAGCUACUACUACUACCACUUCAAGUAUCCCAACAUCAUCCCAACAUGAUCACGAAUCUAUGCUGCCACCGUCACUGAACGAAGCCAGCCGGCUCGCUGCGGGACACUACCCCGGGGAACCCGCGCAAAGACGGGGCAGUACAAACCCGUUCAUGAGGCAUACGUCCGAGUAUUCGGCGGACGACGAGUCGGAUUCUGACGGGCUAGACAUGGACUCUCCAUCGGGAAGCACUCGGUCUAGCCCCCUCUCGCUAUCCCGUUCACCCUCAACCUCACCAAGACAUUGACGAAAUGUUAAUCUACUUCUGUAUGAAUAAAAUAUUUUAUGAAUUUUGUCAUUUUGAAUGACAUUGACUGACUUUCUUUUCGCAUUCAGAUGAUAAUUUGUUUUGGUGAACUGCAUGCUAUACAGCUAUACCUACACACUGUCUCUUUCUCAUCGUUCUAUGUUGGAGAGAAACAAAAUAAACAGAUUGAGGUAUAGCUUCAAAUCACUUGCUUUACUGACUUCACGUUAGCAAAGUAUAUUUCAUUAUUAUAUUUUGCAAUGCAGGGGUAUAUGAGUUUCUAUUGACAAUGUAUUCAACUUAUAUCAUGUGCAAUAUGUAUCGUUUAUUAUUCAUAAUCUAACAUGGGAUUCACUUGACUAUUUUGAUGUGAAUUAUUAUUUAAGCAUUUAUUCGCUAAGUUAGUGUCUUUCCAGUCUGAGAUGUAUCUCUGUAACGAAAAAAAGUAUAUAUAUUUAUGUAAAUGUAUUCGUAUUUUUUGGUGAAAGAAACUUUUUUUUUUCGGAAGUCCUCUUGAAGAAAUAUUAUUCUUCGCCUAUUCAAGAUUAGCUCUCACUCGAGGUCGAAGCUCGAAAAUCUGUAAUCACCCCCGUUCUUUGAUUUAUAAGUUGAAGAGGGUCAUAAGAAAUGCAUGAUGAUGGUUGAGCUCCCCCUACCUUUAAGCUUUAUCCCCGUAAGUGAUGGGAUUUGUGCGGAUUGGUUCCGCCGUGCAUAUAUCACGGGUAUGCAGUAACCCUUUUCUAUAUACCAGAAGAAGAAAACUUAUUAUGUAAGACUUUCAUUUCCAUAGAAGGUAAUCUUUAAUCAAACAUGUCUGUAAAUGGAUGCUUUAUGGUGGAAGCAAGGAUCAAAUCAAGUAAACAUCUGCAUGGAAAAAACACAUUGCCAGAGAGAGAAAAAAACAAACAAGGCGCGCUCAUAAUUAUUGUUUCCACAUUUUUUUAGGGGGGGGGGCUCGGUUUAAAGCGACCCAAAAAACGGUACGUAUUACCUCUAUUUCCGGUGUAAUUUAAUUUCUCCUUCCUUCAACGUAAUAAAAAAAGAAAAUAUCACUUUAUGUGUAUUGUUCCAUAAACUCCAUAUUAAAAGAGUAUAUACCUUUUGAUAAAUUAAUGUUUCACUCAUUCCUCUGUUUAUUCAUAUUCUUUCUCUAUUUCCCUAUCUAUCUAUCUAUCUCUCUUGCUCAGUCUCUCUCCAUCUUUCUCUGGAUCACUGCGUCCGUUUGUGCCCCCCCCCCUCCACCUCUCUCUCCCACUCUUUCUUCUCUCCUUUAUCUCUCCCCCUCUCUGUCCCAUUUUGUUGAUAGUUUUUCCGCAAUCAACCCGGACACUCUGCCUCUCUACUCUGCCUACUCCCCCAACGCCCUCUCCCUGCCGUAUUUGGAUUGGCGCCACCACAAGUACGCCAUCACGUGGUCUAACUAAAGUUACAUUAAGCAUUGCGACGCCAAUAAUUGACUGCUUUAUGAUAUAGCAUGGCAAUGUGUUCAUAUACAGUAUGCUAAUUUUCAUAAUUGUUUCAAAAUAUACCCCAAAUCUGGAAGGUUUAAUCUUAAAAACGGAAAUUUGCUAAAAAUAUGCUAGCUGCUGACAAUAUAUAUAUAUGAAGCAGUACUUAUUACGGUGUGUGAUGUCAUUUUUCGUUGACAAUUAUUGUUGAAUUAUUAUCAGAUGAUUUUUUUUUUCCAAAUGUAUAGGCCUACGUGUAGUAAUGCACUAUUCGGUCAAGAAUGCGUUUUGACAAUCAACAUGUAAAUAACACUGUUUUCUAAAUAUCUUACUAAUCUGAGAUGUUGAAAUCUGUAUGUAUAUAUUUGUAAAUACAUAUAAUGUAUUUAUGACAAUGAACGCUUAUGGAUCCUGACAUAUAUAAUAAUAUAACAAAUGGAAGUAUGCGAUGACUUUCUAUUUGCUAGAUUUCAAAAUUAUUCCAUUUUAUAAAGUGUGAUAAAGAAAUGAUCUAUACAGACCUUUUGAGUUUGUUUAUCGUUCUUGAAGAACAAUGAAUAAGCAAUACUGCUUCGAUUUAUGCUGGUAGACCAUACAACAUAAUGCACAUUAUUAAUAUUGAAAUGUCCCAGAUUUCAUUUCCAAAUUCAACAAAGUAUUUUCAGUCGAACUGUACUGAGGAUGGAUCAUUUUAUUAUUAUUAUUAUCUUUAUUAUUAUUAUCAUUACUAGUAGUAGUAGUAGUAGUAAUAUGAUUGAUUGAAACUAUUAUUACUAUCAUUAUUAUUAUUAUUACUAUUAUUAUUAUCAUUAUCAUACUACGUCAUGAAGAAAAUGUCAUGAGCAAGAAAAAUGUAUCAUUUUCACAUAUAGGAUACUAGUCUUUCUCCAAGAAAAAGACACUUUGAAAUCGCCAUUCCCAAAUGAUUUGAGUUUGUAAAUGUAUAUAUAUUUUAGUCCUCGUGUCAACUUGAAAGACUGCGUGACGAGAUGUACAAGACGAAAUCGUAUACUAGUAAUUAAACUGACUAUCAAAAUA